AUGGACUUCGACAACCGGGUUAUUUUAAAUGUCGGUGGAAUUCGCCACGAAACCUACAAAGCAACACUAAAGAAGAUACCUGCUACGCGCCUGUCCCGUCUAACUGAGGCCCUAGCCAACUACGAUCCAAUUCUUAAUGAAUACUUCUUUGAUAGACAUCCUGGUGUCUUUGCUCAAAUACUCAAUUACUACCGGACGGGAAAACUGCAUUAUCCUACGGACGUUUGCGGUCCACUUUUUGAGGAAGAACUGGAGUUUUGGGGCUUAGACUCAAACCAGGUAAGCGAAUACGUGAAGCAUAUUUGGCCUUUAGGCCACAUAGGGUCUGUAGUGAGGAUAUAA